CCUUGUACACCAUGUAUACAACUGAAGCGUUCCUUGUUAAUACAAAACCAGGGUUACGAAAUAUUCCAGCAGAUAAAGAAAAUAUCACAACAUCAACAGGUGCAGUGAUUGGCGGAAUUCUAGGUGCGUGUUUUAUACUUACUGUAUCAACAGUAUUGAUUGUAUGUAAAAUAAGAUCAAAGGGAAUCUUUAACGAAUCUGAUAAACAUGAGAAUAGAGAAACUAGUCAAUUGCACUUUUCAAAGACAAGCAACAGAGAUUUAACGAAUACAACUAAAGGAACGAGUACCGCAUUAGCAUCAACGAAGACUAAUGACUCUUGUGAAAUGCGCACAUUAGUAUAUUCCGCUGUACAUAACAUAAAUAAACCGGAAAAUAUGAACGAGACAUAUACUGAUGCAGCCAAUGGAGAAUAUGAAUUUUUACAUGAUAAACAUAAUCGAAGAAUUUGUCCACCAGAUAAUGUGUACCAUAUUCAAGGCGAAUAUCGAAAUGAAGAUGACCUUACAUACGAUAGCGCAUCCUUUCGGAAAGGAAAUUGCAAUGAUGGAAACGAAUUAUAUGACACGUCUUUUUCGGUGGUUGAAGGAGAUUAUUCAUUCGUGUCAUAUAAAAAACAUGACCCCGGCAUGACCACUGAUAUAUACGACAAAUCAACUUAGCCAUGUGAAAUGGUAAUAAUAUUUAUCACCUGUCAACAAAAAUG